GCAGUCACACGUCGCCAGCACAAUGGGUGACAUCGCAGGCCAGCUCGCGCAGGCUGCGACGGGGCUGCAGUCCAAGGACGAGUACCGCCGCAAGCGCGAGGCGCUGGAGAGCGGCUCCAGCGCACUCUCUGCCGCGGCCAACGGAGGCGCGGGCGGCGGCGCGCGCGCGGAGGAGGGCGGCAAGAAGAAGAAGAAGAAGAAGGCCGCCUCGAGCGUCCUCUCCUUCGGGGACGAGCUUGAGGCGGAGGAGACGUCGCCGCGGCUCGAGGGCAGCAGCAUGGCGGCGAUGCGCGAGAGGAAGGCGGACGAGACAGCGCGCGCAGAGGAGGCGGCGAUGCGGGAGUUCCUCCUGGCGCAGGAGAAGGCCAAGGCGGAGCCGGUCACGCUCUCGUACACCUUCCGCUCCGAGGUGACUCAGCGUGAGCUGUCCUCGACGAUGCAUCAGGGCACGCUGGCCGUGCUCAAGGGCACGACGGCGGAGGAGGUUGCCAAGCGGGUGCGCGCGGAGGUCGAGCUGCUGGGCGAAAAGUUCAAGCUGCCGGAGGUGUCGGGGGUCAAGGACCUGCACCGCGAGCUGAUGCUGAUCGUUGGCGCGGGCGGCCAGAAGUUCGGCUCCUUCGUCGUCCCGCCGCACAUGAACCUCGUCGAGCUGCUCGCGGCGCAGUGGACGGAGGGGACGCCGCUCUUCGACGGCUUCAAGUGCGGCGUGCAGGUGACGGAGCGGCGGUGGUACGAGGCGAUGAAGCACACGUACCCGUACUCGCAGUGGACCGUCUACGACGUCAAGGCCAGCUACUCCCACAAGGAGUUUGUCGCGAACCGCAACAAGGGCGAGGGCGUCGCCGACCCUGUGCGGCCGCCUCCGAGGGACGUGACCAAGCAGAUGAGCCGGCCGAAUUUCUAGCUGCAUGGGCAUGGCCCCGGCCGUCGCGGAGGGGCUCGCGGCGGGCCGACCCUGAAUAUUAUUGCGGACUGACGCCAGACUCAGCACGCGCUUGUGACAUUUCGUUUUGUGAGGACAGGAGGCGAGGGGAGCGGCAGGAGCCCCCAGGUGGAGGCCGCAGGGUGUGUGGGUUCGCUCUCCCUACGUAAGGUGGGCUUGCACUCCCGCGGGUGGGACAUCCGACAUGGCUGUGAUGUGAUCCAUAUAUGUUGAAUGAAAUUUGUUUCCAUUU